UGCAUAAGCUCACAAGAGAGGCAGUCGAACGUUACCGUAUAAAUGAAGACUAUAAACCAGAUCUUAUGAUUGCUAUUGGUGGAGGUGGGUUCAUUCCCGCCCGAAUUUUGGAGACGUCUACUGUUGCAUAUUCGGAAGAAUUAUGGUCGCUACAAAAGAAACCUGAAUUAAAUCCUUUUUUGUUGAUUUUCCGAAAGUUUGCCUUUAUGAUACGUACCUUUUUAAAAAGAGAGAACAAGAAGAAUAUUCCAAUUCAAGCUAUUGGACUUUCUCUUUAUGAAGAUCUCGGCACAUCAGAUUCUAAUGAUGCUUCAUCAUCAGAUGUUGAUAAAAUGGGUACACAGGUGAUAAAAACUCAAUGGCUUCAUUUCGGACCAUCAUAUGCCAACACUUGUCCAUUGCUCGGUAAAAACAUCCUUAUUGUAGACGAGGUGGACGAUACUCGUACAACUCUUGCAUAUGCGGUUCAAGAGCUUAUAGAAGACAUUAAAAAUGAAAGACUUAAAUUUAUAGAAACUCAUUCCACAGAUACACCUAUUCCAGAAACCAAGCUUGCAAUAUUCGUACUUCAUAAUAAAAAGAAAGAGAAACGAAUGGAAUUGCCAGAUCCUAGUAUACUUAGGGAGGGUAGAUACUUUGUGGCAGAAGAAACGCCGGAUAAAUGGUUAGUAUACCCUUGGGAUGCUACUGAUAUUGAUGAACAUACUACAAAAAGUUUAUCACAAGAGAAUAAGUGA